AUGGAGUCUGAGGUGGCGCCCCUGACGACAGGGGCCCUGGACGAUCGGGCGGGUCAGGCGCCUCUUGAGCUGCUAGACCAAGCCAACACCAACACCGAGAGCGUCUCCCCCCGGGCGGGCUCGCGCAGCACGAAGUACCCUGGGUGGGACACCUGCCGGGAGGUCGUGAUCAAGGGGGAGCCCGUCAAGUUAUACAUCUCCAGCGACCGCGACAUCCCCCGGGUGUUUGUUGACCACCCCUGGUUCGCGGCAAGGGCGUGGGGGAUCGGCGCCGGCUGCUCGGAGGACUACCCCGAAGACGAGCUGUCUUUCUGCAGGGCUGUCGGCCUGGCCGCGUUCAACCAGCCCUUUGGCCACCGCUACAGCGGCGUUGUGGAGCUUUGUGAUGGGCCUCAAGCCACACAGUCCUGGAGCUACAUACUUGACGAGGAGUUGGCCUAUCGUUCCGCCGAGGCCGGCUCCUUCGCCUCUCCCAGGGGGAUGCCGCACCCCCCCUGGAGGGACCCAGGGGCCAUUGACCCCGAGUGCUGCAUCCUGCCCAAGGCCGGCCCGUGCUGUACCUCCGACAUCCUGGAGCGCAAUUUGGAGGCGCGUGACGCCGAGGUGACCUCUGCUGUGGGCGGCCAGGGCGACCGCAGCAGGCCCUGCUCGCCCGCAAAGAGCAUGCUCAAGAGUGACCAGGUGCGCCCGGCCAGCCCCGCCCGCCAGGGCCCCCUGGAGAUCAGCUCCGCUGAGCAGGAUGCCAGCGUGAAGCUCAGCGCCGACGACAUCCCCACCUGCCAGAUCCUGGAGCGCGAGUUGGAGGCGCGUGACGCCGACGUGACCUCUGCUGUUGGCAGCCAGGGCGACCGCAGCAGGCCCAGCUCGCCCAUAAAGGGCUUGCUCACAGACAAGGUGCGCCUGGCCAGCCCCGCACGCCACAGCCCCCUGGAGACCAGCUCCGCUGAGCAGGAUGCCAGCGUGAAGCUCAGCGCCGACGACAUCCCCACCUGCGAGGUGGUGGUCGCAGGUGACGCCGCUGGCGCAAGGCUCAUCGAGCUCGGCGGGGCGCGCAGCGACGACGUCACCGCGGCCGCAGACGAGGGGCGCGCGUUUGAGGCCACAGCGGCGGCGAGCGCUAUGCUGCAGCUGGAGCCGUCUGGGGUGGAGGGCGCUACCGCCAACAGCCACGGAUUCCUCGUGAAUGCCAUGGGUGAGUGGCGGCCGGGGGG